AGUGGCAACAUGUAGACAGUCUUCUCUACUUCUGCCUCUAAUCUUAUUCUUACCCCAUAAUCUGGGCUUGGAAACACAGGACAAAGAAGAAAUCCCGUUUUUCUUUCUUAAAUCCAGACUGUGGCACUCAUUCCUACCUUCACUAUCUGGUAUCAGAGGACGACUCUCAGCUCCAAGAGAGGAAAGGGCCAGCGCUCCCCCCUGUAUAGCCCCGGAUACCCCUUCCCUCCCCUCUCAGAGGCUGUGAAACAUCCACCACCUGUGUGGAGGUCCCUCUCCCAUAAGCCGUUUGAAAUGGCUUUUGGGUGAAGUUGGCUGCUCAGCCUCUGCAGCUGCGUUAGGAGUGUCCAUCCACCACAGCCGACAAUGUCCUACGUUUUUGUGAACGACUCUUCACAGACUAAUGUGCCCCUGCUCCAGGCCUGCAUUGAUGGGGACUUCACCUAUUCCAAGCGGCUUUUGGAAAGUGGCUUCGACCCAAACAUUCGUGACAGCCGGGGCAGAACGGGCCUUCACCUCGCUGCGGCCCGAGGGAAUGUGGACAUCUGCCAGCUGCUACAUAAGUUUGGCGCUGACCCUCUGGCCACAGACUACCAAGGGAACACCGCCCUCCACCUUUGUGGCCACGUGGACACCAUCCAGUUCUUAGUUUCCAAUGGACUCAAAAUUGAUAUUUGCAACCAUCAAGGUGCCACCCCCUUAGUUCUGGCAAAGCGCCGGGGCGUGAAUAAAGAUGUCAUCCGAUUGCUGGAGUCUUUGGAGGAGCAGGAGGUGAAAGGCUUUAACAGAGGCACGCACUCGAAGCUGGAGACCAUGCAGACGGCGGAGAGCGAAAGCGCCAUGGAGAGCCACUCCCUGCUCAAUCCCAACCUCCAGCAAGGAGAAGGAGUCCUGUCCAGCUUCCGGACCACGUGGCAGGAGUUUGUGGAGGACCUGGGCUUCUGGAGGGGCUUGCUCUUGAUCUUGGUCAUUGCUUUGCUAUCUCUGGGCAUCGCCUACUAUGUGAGCGGGGUGUUGCCCUUCGUGGACAACCAGCCUGAGCUGGUGCAUUGAGGGCUCAUGGCGAUAAGGCAAGGAAGGGCCUGUCAGUAUUGCUUUUCGGUUCUUAGACUGUCUCUUAGCGCAGAGCAGCAAGGGCUGCUUUCGUUUUGGAUUUUUACUUGCCGUGACCCUUUGAGAAGAAUGAUGUGUUCCUUUGAACUUCGUCCUGUGGUUGGUUAUACUGCGUCCGGAUGCUGCCUCUGAUGCAGCCUGUGAUUAAAGACUAUCUGCCCAGGCUUGUAUGAUCAAAUGUGGCCAUGACCAGAGGCCCCCCAGCAGGGAUCCGACCUAAGGGAGGAUCAGUGACUACCAGAAAUCAGGUUGUUUUUUUUGUGACUCCGUUUUGUUAGUGGAUUUGUUUUCUCUCUUGUUCAGUUUUUCCAAGAGCCCUGUUCUGUUUUUAUUUACUUUCCUGGGAACAGGAGAGAGUGAACACUUUCAACUUAAUUUUUAAUUCCUCACCCCCACAACCUAAGUGCAAAUUAGAACUGUUAGAAACUUACUUCCUGGUCUCUUCCCAUUUUUACUUUUGAGAUGUCCAGUUCAGAGAAAUAUCGGGAAAUCCUUGGUAGUGAGUAGUCAGCAGAGAAAAGGAAUCCUCCCCGUGAUUGUCGCCAUAACCGGCA